AUGGUUUCUCCGCCUAGUGCGCCGCAGACUCAUGCCGAGCUCAAAGCCCGCCGAAGGCAGCUGCGAAGAGGCACCCACAGCUGCUGGGAAUGCAAGCGGCGGAAGAUGAAAUGCGUCUUCCAGCCAGCCGUGAGCUCCACGGUGUGCUCUGGCUGUAGAAGGAGAGGCUCUCGCUGUCUUAGCCAGGAGUUCCCGGAAGACAGCGAGAUAGACAUGAAUAUGGUUGCGAGGCUGAUUGGCGCUGCUGACGGAGCAGAGACGGUGUCAAGCGUCUCAAGCGCAAACACGUCUCGAUCAGAUAAACCUUUAACACCUGAGUCGAUGAAUUUGGAGCCUGUACAACAGCAGUCAUUCCACAAGACCGACAGCCUCUCUCGAUUCCUGCACGCAUCCUUACCUUCUCGCGAAGAUACCACAAGGAUAUACAACGCCCUGCCUCAACGGCCUGUACUUGCUCAUGAAAUGAUGACAAUGCCGUACACUUGCCUCUCGCUAAACGACAGGAUGCUACCCAGAAACUCGUUCGAAAUCCCCGACCCGAACACGCAUCCGGUUCUGAUUGCGAAGCACAUGCUUCUCCUCGCCAGCCUACUGCAACAUCUUCACCCUGAGGUCCAUGCCGAGAUCAAAGGUCUUUCGGAAAAGCCGCAAGCCAUGUCGGAACGGCUAGCAAAUCUGGCCAUCAACUACGUUACGACUAAAGAUGAAUUGCUUGGUAGCAUGGAAGGCCUGGAGUGUAUUAUGAUGGAGAGCGUAUAUCAUGCGAACCUGGGAAACCUCCGACGAAGCUGGCUAGCAGGUAGAAGAGCUGUUACUGUUGCGCAACUCAUGGGCCUCAACCGCUCGGACAACCGCUCACAGUUCGAAGUGCUUGACACCAGGACGAAAUACGACCCACGCCUUAUAUGGUCUCGGAUUGUGUUCCUGGACCGAUUCCUAUGUCUUAUGCUUGGCCUCCCGCAGGGCUGUACCGAGAAGAACAUGGGCCCUCAGGAGAUCCUGAGAGCUGGUCUUCCUAUGGAACGACUUGAACGGAUACACUGCGUAGUUGCUUCCCGAGUCCUCGAGCGCAACGAACUGGAGCCAAGUGCUCAAGACCUGGAUAUCACUCGAACCCUGGACCUGGAGCUACAGAAAGCCGCUAGGAGCGUCCCCAGCAAGUGGUGGUUGACACCCAAGUUGGACAGUGCAGAAACGGACCCUCGGAGCACGUUUUGGAACACGGGGCGUCUGUUUGCACAAGUAUUGCACUACAACCUUCUCAAUCAGCUUCAUCUACCCUACAUGCUCCGAUCUUCAAUGGUUGAUCGAAAGGACGAAUUCUCCCGAAUAACCUGCGUAAAUGCCUCGCGGGAAAUUCUCACACGUUUCAUCGCCCUUCGCAGCUUCAACGACAUCGCCUCUAGCUGUCGAAUUAUCGACUUCCUCGCCCUGAUGGCUGCUAUAACUUUGUUGCUAGCCCAUCUUGACAGCUACCACUUGGGUGCAGAGAAUCUCCUUGCUCACCAGUAUCAUAGUGAUCGCGCUAUGAUUGAGCAGGUACAAGAGAAUUUCCAAGAAGUCAAGAGUUCAAACUCAGACUCACUUAGCGCCCACAGUGCCGAUCUGCUACAGAGAUUGCUCGCGAUCGACGCUGACAGCACAGCUGGCUUUUCACGAUUUGCCGGAAGGGUGAGCGUCUACAAAGCCGGAACAGAGUCGACUCAGGCAGAAGUCAAUGAUGAUGGCGCUGUAAAUGUUCACAUUCCUUACUUUGGGGUUAUCCGGAUCACCUGCGAGGGCAUGAGCACGAUGCGACCCCAGUCACGACCCGCUACGGGGAGGGCCAAUCGCCCGGCUCAGUCGCAAACGACGGAUAUCCUCAACGAGAACUUUCCGCGAAGCAGCCAUGCGAAUCCUCAAAUGCAGCCACCCAGCUUCGACGGCCUUCGGGGGGCUCCCGAUGCCCAUACCACGGCGAUGGCCUUCACCGAUGACCGUCAUGCCGAUACACCUGUAUUGAUGCCUGAGAUCUAUCCAACGAAUCCAGUGCCACCGGGUGCAUUGUCAAUGUUGACACCUGGGACAGAUCACUCUGGUACACACUUCACACCGCAGCAUAUGGAUGACUUGGCUGAUCCUCUUCUGCGGCAAGAAGGAUACCCUGGACUAGCUGCCGGGACGGAAGACUGGGCGUUCCAGGGUGUCGACUUGGCUUUCUUUAACAACUUGAUGAGAACGACGGGAAACGACGGGAGUGGUAUUGCGGAUUGGUCCAUUUCUGGGGAGCAGGGCAUGUAA